UCCGUCCAGGCUGAGAACAGCCCACUGAAGCCCAGGGUGGUGACCGUAGUGAAGCUGGGCGGGCAGCCCCUCCGCAAGGUCACCCUGCUCCUUAACAGGCGGUCGGUGCAGACGUUCGAGCAGCUCAUAGCAGACAUCUCAGAAGCCUUGGGCUUUCCCAGGUGGAAGAAUGAUCGUGUGAGGAAGCUCUUUAACCUGAAGGGCAGGGAAAUCAGGAGUGUCUCUGAUUUCUUCAGGGAAGGGGAUGCUUUCAUAGCCAUGGGCAAAGAACCGUUGACCUUGAAGAGCAUUCAGGUGGCUGUAGAAGAACUGUAUCCUAACAGAAACCGGGCCCUGACAUUGACCCAGCACAGCCACGUCCCUUCUCCAAGGCUGAGAAGCAGACUCUAUGGCAAGACUCUGAAAGGAGGUCACUGUGGGGAGACGGGGCGCAGCGGUGAGGCUGCCGGGAGCAAGGCAGCCAUUGGGCAUCAGGGGAAGUCCCCCCAGGAGCCCGUGCUGGAGGACAAGGUGAGGGCCCAGAAGAAGUGGGUGGGGGGAAGACGGGAGCCUGAAGCAGGUGGCAAGCCGCCCAGGGAAACCGCUCUGGAAGAGAGGCAUGCAAGUGGAGAGAAGCACCUGGGAGUGGAGAUCGAAAAGACCUCAGGGGAGAUUAUCAGAUGUGAGAAGUGCAAGCGAGAGAGGGAGCUCCAGCAGAGCCUGCAGAGGGAGAGGCUCUCCCUGGGGACCAGCGAGCUGGACAUGGGCAAGUGCCAAAGGUACGACGUGGACAAGCUGGUGAGGACGAGAAGCUGCAGGAGGUCUCCAGAGGCAAACCCUGCAGGCGGGGAGGAAGGGUGGAAAGGAGACAGCCACAGGAACAGCCCCAGGAAUCCCACUCAAGAGCUGAGGAGACCCAGCAAGAGCACGGACAAGAAAGUAGACAGAGACCCAGAGGAUCAGGAAAGCCACCAUCAGGGAGCCACCAAGGCCAAGAAGGAUGGGGUGGAGAGUGCACCAGCCACAGAGGAGGGGCAGAGAGAUGUGAAGAAAGAUGCCAAGCAAGUUUGCAGGAACAAGCAUGGUGGCUGGCUCCUGAGAGAGCCCCAGGCUGACCCCGAGAAGCUCCCCAGGACCGGAGAGAAGGAGAAGGAGGCGGAGAAGGAGAAGAAGCCAGGUGCAUCAGGAGGGAGAAAGGCGGCUCUCAGAGAUGACACCCCUGCUAGAGUAGAGAAAGAGCCCAAGACAAGGCCAGAAGAGAACAAGCCAGAAAGGCCCAGCAGCCGGAAGCUGCGGCCUGCGGGCAUCAUCUCAGCAAAUGUGGAGAAGCACUAUGAGAUGGGCCGGGUCAUCGGGGAUGGGAAUUUUGCCGUGGUGAAGGAGUGCAGGCACCGGGAGACAAGGCAGGCCUACGCCAUGAAGAUCAUCGACAAGUCCAAACUCAAGGGUAAGGAGGACAUAGUUGACAGUGAGAUCUUAAUCAUCCAGAGCCUCUCUCACCCCAACAUAGUGAAAUUGCACGAGGUAUAUGAAACAGAAACAGAAAUCUACCUGAUCAUGGAGUAUGUGCAGGGAGGGGACCUUUUUGAUGCCAUCAUAGAAAGUGUGAAGUUUCCGGAACCUGAGGCUGCUCUCAUGAUCAUGGACUUAUGUAAAGCCCUGGUCCACCUGCAUGACAAGAACAUUGUCCACCGGGAUCUCAAGCCGGAAAAUCUUCUGGUUCAGCGAAAUGAGGACAAAUCAACCACCUUGAAACUGGCUGAUUUUGGCCUUGCAAAGCACGUGGUGAGACCUAUAUUUACUGUGUGUGGGACUCCAACUUAUGUAGCGCCUGAAAUUCUUUCUGAGAAAGGUUAUGGACUGGAGGUGGACAUGUGGGCUGCUGGCGUGAUCCUCUACAUCCUCCUGUGUGGCUUCCCUCCCUUCCGCAGCCCGGACAGGGACCAGGAUGAGCUCUUUAACAUCAUCCAGCUGGGCCACUUCGAGUUCCUUGCUCCUUACUGGGACAAUAUCUCUGAUGCUGCCAAAGAUCUGGUGAGCCGGUUGCUGGUGGUAGAUCCCAAAAAGCGUUACACAGCCCACCAGGUUCUUCAGCAUCCUUGGAUUGAAAUGGUUGGAAAGACCAGCACAGUGAACCUGCAAAAAGAGGUGUCCCCCAGCAGUGAGGGCCACAUCCGGAGCCAGCACAAGAGGGCUGCAGAGCAGGCAUCAUAGCCCCAGCUAUGGGCACCUGAUCAGCCUCAGUUCUGCUCAAGAAAGUAGAAGAGGAUGAAAGUCUGAGGGAGAAGCAAUGAAAUGGACUUCUUCACAUAAUUGAAGAAUCAGAGAAGAGACACUCAGUUUAUUUCAAAGUAUAUGAAAAAAUAAACUGAGUUUUCAUGUUAAAUGUUGUAACAUAUUUUUAGAUUUGUAUAUUUAAAGUCUUUAAUACUUUCUUUGGGGUAAGCAUUGUUAUUAGUGUGGGAUUUUGGUAAUUAUGAUGUGUUUUGCUUUCUCCAUGUGAUCAAGUUUGUGGUGUAUUACAAGAGCGGUGCUUACUAGUGUCUAAACUCCCCCGUGAAAUUAAUAAGGUGGAUCAUGGUCUUUCUGUGUCAAUAAAAUGUGCUCUGAAUAACAGAAGUGGAUCUGUAUUCUGAUUGCUUCUUAAU